AUGGAGCUGAUGGUGCUCGAUCGUCUCCUUUACCGGAACCGAAGCCAGCACCGCAGCGCCAAGUACUACACCCAUGUUCUCGAGGUGAGACGGGCUUGCGGAGCAUUUGCGGCGCCGAAGCUGCCGGACUUGCUGGCGGAAGGUUUGGGCCUCAUCGCCCGAGUCCCGGACAGCAGGAACGGUCGGGCGCGGGAGGCGUGGGUUCGCUCCGCCGCAAGGGGGCUCCGCCGAAUGCGCGUCGCCGCCGUCGCGUGCGCGCACUCCCUUGAGACCAUCGUGAAGGCGUCCAAGCUCCUCGCUCACCAAGUGUCUCAGACGUACUUCAUGGCCCUGUCCACGGUCUUCCUCGCGAGUCUGGCGAGGCUCUUCGCGUGCAACCUGCAUCUCGGGGGAAGGCUGCUGCUGGUUCACGGUGCCCUGCUACGCACUUUUCUUCCCCGGUGGCGACUUCUGGCGAAUCUCCACCGGGAGAGCAAGGCAGCGGUGGGGGCGAUGCCGACGGUAGCGAUGACGACAGUGAUGACACCGGUGUGCACAUCGGCCGUGUGGCCUCGGUAG